UUUAGAAUUUUAAUGGUGUAUUGUUUUUGAACGACAAACGUAGUGGACAUUUACUUGUAUUUGUAUAAAUUUGAAUUAUUAUUACGAUAUUUUGUUAGACAUACUCUCAAUGUUGUCAAAUGUCCCGAUAUAUUUGUUGUAUUGUACUUUUUUAGCAUUUACGUGUCAUGCAGUUAGACCUGGUGAAGGAUCAUGGUCCUCCAUCAUUGACAAUGAUAAUUACAUACAAUUUUGUGGCGGCAGCCUAUUUAAAGGCACAGAAAUAUCAAUUAAAAUCAGUUGUAGUAAUGUAUUCAAUGUCUCUGUUGGUUGGAUCCUAACAGAACCCCAAUGUUGGAAUGACUAUUUGAACCUUGGCGGCGGGCUUAUAAAACAACUUCAAAUAGAAGAUAUUAAUCAUGACGCUAAUACCAAUAGUACAUAUAUGAAUCAUAUAAAUUUUGAUGAUAAAAUAUACUCAUGUGCCAAUGGAGUAGAUUUGGAUGAUUUAUCAUUAUAUGAAACUAAUAAAACUAAUAAUAAAGCACUUCACCAACAGAGAUCCAAUCAUCGAGUUUAUACAGUUUUAACAGAUGGAGUAUAUUUACUAACAGUAACAAUUAGACAAGAUACUAGAUAUGUUCAAAAGAAUAAUAAAUUUACUGCCUAUUUAGAAAUUUCAAUGAAAGGACCACAUGGAUAUUUAUCAGCUACAAAUUGGCCAUUAUUACAUUUUUACGGUUUCAUGUGUUUCGUUUAUAUAUUUUUUGGUUUAACGUGGUUGGUUUUAUUAUUUAUGCAAUGGAGGGAUUUGCUUCAAAUACAAUUUUGGAUUGGAGCAGUUAUUCUUCUAGGAAUGGUUGAAAAAGCAGCUUUUUAUGCUGAAUAUCAUGAACUAAACCUUACUGGGCAUUUAGAUAAUAUUUAUGGAGUAAUGACUAUGGCUGAAGUGAUUUCUUGCUUGAAACGAACACUUGCUCGGACUUUAGUUAUCAUUGUAAGCUUAGGGUUUGGUAUUGUCAAGCCCAGAUUAGGUCCACUUUUACCAAAGGUUCUAGGGGUUAGUUCUUUAUAUCUAGCAAUGUCAUUAAUGGAAUCCUAUUUUCGACUGUCUAGUAAUAUGAGUGCAGAAAUUUUAUUAGUUGAAUUACCAUUAGCUGCUUUAGAUUCUGGAAUUGUUUGUUGGAUAUUUGCAGCCCUAACUCAGACAACUAGAGCUUUAAGACUUCGGAGGAAUGCAGUUAAACUACAAUUAUAUACACAUUUUACCAAUGUUCUGGGUUUUACUGUUAUGACUUCUACUUUGUUCAUGCUGUAUUCUAUAAAAACGCAACGGUUAUCAGAUUGUGGUGGUAAUUGGAAGGAACAAUGGUUAGACGAUGCAUUCUGGCAUAUUGAGUUUUCUAUAAUUUUACUUGUAAUUAUGAUACUUUGGAGACCAACUAAUAACAAUCAAAGAUAUGCAUUUACUCCAUUGCUAGACGCUCCAGAUGAUGAUAGAGACGAAACCGAAUUAUUUAUUAAAGAUACUCAUAAUGGUGAUGUGAAGAUGAGAACCACUACAAAUACAUCCAGUCAUAAUUCUAAUGUGACACCAUACAAAGACUAUCCCGCUUCAAAUAGUAGCACAAAAAGUCAAACACAACUUGAUGAUGAUUUGAAGUGGGUUGAAGAAAACAUACCAGGUUCAUUGUAUGAAACUACUGUACCAAUUUUGGAUUAUAGCGAGGAUGAUCAUAAUACUGCCAUUGAGCGGUCAAAACUACAAUAAACAUUUUAAAUUUAAGCCUUAAACAAUGCUGUAGUUCAUCACAUAAACUAAGCCAAGUAUAAAUGUUUAUUAUUAUGUACUACUAUUUACUUAUAAACUGUUUUUAUUUAUUUUAA